GUGGGCUCAUUUUACCAUGCAAGUUUCAUUUUGCCGACUCCGUACACACCAGUGGUGUUUCCUGCUUUUCAACGCAAUACUCUUCCAUGCUUUACUUUUUGGGGCAGACUUUGUAGAGGAAUACCUUCUGCAGUCCUCACCAGCAACGUACACGGACGCCAAGGUGCUGGAGCUUAGGGAGCGUGCCAGGAAGUUAGACAUGGAACCCAUGAAAGAGAACAUAUCCAUGCACUUUGCCAUCAAGGGUCCAGAUAUAUGUGUCACCAGUGAUGUAUUUCUGCUCUCAAUGGUCUUCAGUAAUCCAGCCAAUGGCACCAGAAGGGCCCAGAUUAGACAGACAUGGGCCAAUCUGACUGAUGUCAAGGGACUGUUAGUGCUCACCUUAUUUGUUCUUGGAACUAGCGAUUCAAAUGACAUCCAAGCCAACGUGAUUGCGGAAUCACACCAACAUAAGGACAUCAUUCAAGGCAAAUUUAAUGAUUGUGAUGGAAAUCUUAUUUUAAAGAUGAAGCUGAUGCUGGAAUGGGUAGUCACAUUUUGCCCUUUUGCACGUUUUAUCAUCAAAAGUGAUGAGGAUAUGUUUGUCAACUACAAAAGUUUGGUUGAAUAUCUGUUGGGUUUGAAGCGGCACCCAGAUGACCUCUAUAUUGGCCGAGUCAUCCAUCAGGAAAUGCCAGACAGGAAUGCUCAAAGCAAAGACUUCAUACCUCUCAGUCAGUACUCAGAGAAAUAUUACCCUGACUACUGCUCUGGGGCUGCUUUUGUCAUUUCCCAAGAUGUUGCUCGAAAAAUAUUUGUGGCCUCCACUGAGACAAAUCUGGCUGUACCAUACGCUAUGUUUGUUGGCAUCUGUGCCAAGAAAGCAGGUGUGGUUCCGACUCACAGCUCUAGAUUUUCUGGAGAGAAACACAUCCGAUAUAAUAGAUGCUGCUACAGCUUCAUGUUCACCUCUGCUCAAAUGCAGCUUGAGGAACUGCCCACAAUCUGGAAUGAAGUCAGGGAGGGCAAAGCAUGCAGCUUGUUGGAGACCUACUCUGGGCUGGUGUCCUGCAAGGCCUUGACCUACUUAGACCGCUUCUCCUUCUUCGGCACAGGGAAAAUGAAUGAGAAAUAA